CUGUCAUCCAUUCUUCCGUCUCCUACUUUGCCUUCCUUCUACACUCCCUCUAUUUAAACCCAACCGGUCGCCAUUGCGGGAGGACAAUAACAUUCGAAAUGGUGAAAUCCAGCGGGGAGGUAGUCGAGAGUAACGGCGUUUACAGCAACAGACGUUACAAGGGCGUGAGAAUGAGAAAAUGGGGUAAAUGGGUGGCGGAAGUUCGACAACCUAACAGUCGAGGAAGAAUUUGGUUGGGAUCAUACAAAACGGCCGACGAAGCUGCCAGAGCUUACGAUGCAGCCGUUUUCUGCUUACGUGGGCCCUCCGCGAAGCUCAAUUUCCCGGAGAAUCCUCCGGACAUUCCAUUGGAUAGCGAAAUGACUCCAGCUCAGAUUCAAGAGGCUGCGCUUAGGCAUUCUCGUAGAUCUCCGGGUGAAGCGGAGCUGAGGUCUCACGUAGUCGUCCGUUCUGUUUCUGGAUCGGGUUCGGGUUCGGGUUCCAGUUAUGGAGUUGGUGACGUGGACGCUGUGGAUUUUGUCGAUGCGGCAUAUUAUCAGUCACCUGGUGCGUGGAGCUUCUAAACACACAUUUGUGUUUAACAAAGAUAGGCUUUUGAGUAGAGAUUAAAGGAAUCUUCUGGUUUUGGUUCUGUGUUGUUUGUAAAGUGCUUCACAUUUGUAUUUUGACUAUAUAUAUAUAUAUAUAUUGAAAACACCAAAA